AUGAAGGUCAAACUGUUUUUACUAGUGCUAUUCUUUGGAGUUAUAUCCGAGGUUCGAUCGAUUGGACCACCGAACAGAGUUCCUUGUGGUGAAGGAUGCGGCUGUAAUAAACCGACGAAAUGCCCUGGAAAGUUGGUUUGCCAGCCCGGAGAAGUUUUAGCGGAUCGACCUCCGUUCUGUGAGCCAACGUGUAGCGAUGACUGCAGUGCAACAAAACCGUUCCCCCUAGGUUACUUGGUCAAGCCAACGUGCGUCUGUAAACCGGGUUUGGUCCGGCACAAUGGUGUUUGUAUUGAACCAUGUGACUGCCCCGCCAAGGAAGAACCCCCAGUGACUCCCAAGGCCUGCGGUAGUGAUGAUGUGCCAUAUCAAAACCAACCGGGAGGAUGCCAAACGUGCAACUCUCUGCCUGCGAAGCCACCCUGCGGAUGUCCCCAGGCACCGGCUAAGCCCUGUCCGUGUCAGGUGACGCCUCUGCCUUGCCCUUGUCAGGGUGCACCUGCUCCGGCCCCGGGAGGCUGUCCUGCACCGUGCUAUCCACCUCCGCCGGUAGCGCCACCAAAUCCUUGCGGAUCAUGCGGUAGAACUGUGUAG